AUGGAGCUUAAUAUAGCCAAGUGUCUUGUCAUCAGCUACACUCGAAGCAACACAGCCAGGCCCUUAGACUACUCUCUAAAUGGAUCCCCUCUUAAGGUAGUGGACAGAGUCAGGGACCUCGGAGUUAUUAUGACACCCUCCCUAAGCCCUUACGAACACAUAAUGCAUGUUACAAAUAAGGCCUCUUCUAUGCUUGGGUUUAUUGCCCGAACCUGCAAAGACUUCAGAUCCCCCUCUACAUUGGCUAUCCUCUAUAAGACUCUUGUGCGUCGUUUGUUGGAGUACUGUUCCGUUGUUUGGUCUCCAUAUCAGGUGGGCCACAUUGUGCUGCUGAACAGAGUGCAGGUGCGUUGCUUAAGACUUCUUGGAGUUAAACUGGGAUAUAAUUAUCUUGCAACCCCCGUCGCUGAGAUUGAGAUGCUAUAUGGAAUGUAA